AAUCGAACAAACAUUUACGUAAAAUCAAAAUCAACGCAAUCUUAUUUUGACGUUUAGACCAAUAUUUAACAUCUGGGUCGAUAUUUAUAUUUUUUUUAUUUUUAAAAUGAAUGAUCAAUCAAAAAAGUUAAAAAAUCCCUUAUUUAGUGCUUUUGUGACUGGUGGAACGUUCGAGGAUUUUUCUCAAAAUGCUAUAUUGCUGCCAGCGAAAGAAAAACCACCUCCUCCCACUUUAAAUUUAUCCCAUGAACAAAUUUUGAACGACAUAAUUUCACCUAAACCGCCCCAACAAGAAACUGUACCAGUCAAUUCAGAAUCGGCUUUCAGUGAAUUUUCAACUAUCCCGACCGCAACACUUCAGACCCUUCCCGGAAGUUCCCUGCAAGGUGUACCGACGUGUCCUCAGGAAUUGCCGGAUAUAUCGACUCUUCAACCACAUUUGAGUUCGGCACCUCAAACAUCGCACUUAUCUUCAGUAUUUUCAUCGUUUUCCAGUAUUUUGAAUAUAGGCAGCUCGAAUAGUCAUAAAGAAGAAGCUGUGGUCCCGCCACCAGCUGGCAUAGAGACUUUCAUUACGCAGGAGAAUAGAAUUCCUGAACCCGUUCCACUUUUUUCAGCUGAUUCUACUCCGUUUUUACAGCCGAAACCUCCAACAACUACAGGUCCUUCCAAUCAGUUUAGACGAUCAGGCUUGAAACGUUUAACAUAUGCACCAGUGCCAGGCCUUUCUAGUGCUCCUCAAUCGACACAACCACUCAAUUUCGUGACUCCUCAAAACCUUCCUCCCUUACCAGUAAAUCCUCAGCCAGUGCCCCAGUACACAACUGCCAGUUUUUUUGUACCCACUACUCCAUCUCCUAAAAACUCAGUAUCAUCUAAUUCUAGUUUUGAAGUGACACAAAUUUCACAUAAUCAAUUUAAACCGAUAUCCCCUCCUCCACCUAGUUUACAGAAUAAUUAUACUAUUCCACAGCCUGUGGUUCCUGUGCCUGUUCAACCUAUAGCUACUACACAAUCUCUAUUUGUUAAUUUCAACCCGCCUAUCAGUUUGACAAAUUCUACCAAUUUGGUACAGCCUGUGUACAGUGGUGCGUUUUCAGGAAACAUUUUAAGUCCAGUCAUGGAUGCUAUUCCGCCUAACGAAUUGACUCGAGGUUCUAACUUGAAUUCUGCUAAUGUGAACACUGUGACAAGUAUGUCCAAUCCUGCCACUGUUGCUCAGGUUAAUCCCCCGGUAAAUCAGGUGUACAGGCCCGUGUAUCACCACUGGUUUUUCCAGAGAGAUUUAGAAUGUAAAAAAAGUUGGCAGCCGUUUUCUAUGGUUGAUUCCUUAGCUCUUGAGCAUGCAUUUACUUCCAACGAUUUAGAUCCAGAAAAAGUAAUCGCAACAGAUGGAGGUAGAUAUGACAUAAACAUUUUGAGGCGUCAGCGCAAUGCUGUAUACUGGAAAGCAAAUCCAUCUGAAGUCAGAAGAUGUUCUUGGUUCCAUAAAAAUACCCCUGAUGGUAGAUUAAUACCAUACGACGAAAAUGUAGCAGCAAAAUUAGAAGAUGAAUACAAAGCUGCUUUUGAAUCGAACCAGUGGCAUAGGAAAAUUGAUCUACCCGGAGGAGAAACCAUUGUGCUUCAUGGUCCAGAUGUUUUGGUACUUUUUUCACAGACGCAGGUACCAGAUGCUUGGGGCAACACAACGAAUCAGGCCCGCCCGAGAGUUGUGAAAAGAGGAAUGGAUGAAUUUGAUAUUGACGAAGGUGAAUCAUCACAUGUGGACCAUAUUUUAUUUAUGGUGCAUGGCAUUGGCUCCGUUUGUGAUCUAAAAUUCAGAACCGUUGAGGAAGUGGUUGAUGAAUUCCGUAGUAUCGCUCUCCAAUUAGUCCAGUCGCAUUACAGAUCAUCCUGCGAUACUGGAAAAGUCCACCGGGUCGAAGUGCUGCCAAUAAGUUGGCAUGAUCACUUACAUUCCGAAGAAACGGGCAUAGAUGAACAACUGAAGAGUAUCACGUUGGAGAGUAUUCCUAAAUUGAGAGGAUUUACCAAUGAUACUUUACUUGAUAUUUUGUUCUAUACGAGCCCCGUGUAUUGCCAAAAGAUCAUUACAACUGUAGGAACUGAAUUAAAUAGAGUUUACGAUUUAUUUAAGCAAAGAAAUCCCGAGUUUACGGGAGGGGUUUCUUUAGGAGGACACAGUUUAGGAAGCUUGAUAUUAUUUGAUCUGUUGGGUCAUCAGGACUCUAAACGGGAGUCAGAUAGCGAAGAGAGUGAUGAUAUUCUCUCAGAAAAACCACACCCUAAAGAUAGAAGAAUGAACAAGAGAAUCAGCUACAUGAUGGGAGCAAUAGGGACUGGCCAACCUCAAAUACACUACCCUCGACUUAAUUUCGAACCAAAAAAUUUCUUUGCUUUGGGAUCUCCCAUAGGGAUGUUUGUUAUUGUGAGAGGCCUGGAUAUUUUGGGUGAAAAUUUUUCAUUGCCUACUUGUCCUUCAUUUUUCAACAUUUUUCAUCCAUACGAUCCCAUUGCUUACAGAAUAGAGUCGUUAAUAAACCAGAAAUUCGGUCAACUAAAGCCAGUAUUAAUUCCACACCACAAAGGAAGGAAGAGAAUGCAUUUAGAAUUAAAAGAAACUAUGGCUCGAGUUGGUGCCGAUCUAAAGCAAAAAGUGGUAGAUUCUAUGAAAAACACAUGGAACUCUGUAUACCAAUUAGCGAUGUUCCACAAAGAAACUCCACCCAAUAUCGAAGAGGAAGUUUCGAAGGCGUUUAGAGAUCAAUUAGUAGAUAAAGAAGACCAUGAAACUGAACAACUUCAAGAUACAGCUGACGUACCUAUUGGUAUUCUAAAUAAUGGAAAAAGAGUUGAUUAUGUUCUUCAAGAAGCACCUUUUGAAUUCUUUAACGAGUAUAUCUUCGCUCUAACGAGUCAUGUUUGUUACUGGGAGUCUGAGGAUACCAUUUUGUUUAUGCUGAAGGAAAUAUACACUUCUAUGGGAAUGACUAGUGACAGUCAAAUUCCGCAACAAUCCAUGACUAUCGAAAGACCUUCUCAUUCACCAACAUUUUUCAAAACUGCUAAGAUUGACUCUCCUGUUGAUCCUAUUGGUGUGGAUCCCACGAAAGCUAUGCAGGUGCCUGCUAACAUCCAACCACCACCCAUGGCAGGAUUUGUCCGGAAAACAUAGUAUAUACUGUACGAGUGGUUUUAUAAACCACUUGCUUGGCGAUACGCGCCCUAUUUGCUGCACAAUACUUUCCAAUCUAAUAUAAAGAAAAAAAGAGGACUGAAAUAGAAUGGAAAGAAGUUUGUGAGAUUUGCUAUUUAUUUACUAUUUAUAAAUUUGUUUUACAAUGAGAAAUUUUUAGUCAUAGUUUAUUUCAUAUGAAAAUCUUUUAAAAAGAAAUUUAAGUGUAGCUUUUAUUUUAAAAAUCUUUAAAAGGUUAUUUUUAGCCACAUUAGUUAAAAUUGGGUCUACAAAUUUUUAAAGUCAAUUUAAUUUUUUUUAGUUUAAAAUUUGUGGAAUUUUGUAGCAAUGAGAAUGCUUUUAAUAUUAUGUUUUCUUCCGUGUACAAUAUUAAUAAUGUACAUAAUCUUAAAAUGUCAACUUGGGUGCUUUUAUCUUGUGAGAUAUUUGCCAACUAAAUAUUUUAUAAAAUUAGGUAAUGCUUGACUGUUAAUAACAUAAUAUUCGUCACUAGAUGUGUACUGACUGGGGAUCUGACAAAAUAAUGUAAUCAUUUUACAUGCCGGCAAGGCUGUGAGGUUUAAAUACAUAUUUUUCUAAAUAAGACACUUUUUAUAUUCAUAAAGUAUAAUUUGUAGAUUUUGUAUAUAUAAAUUUGACGUAUUUACAUUCCAUUUAUAAGUUUAGAAUCGUUAUUUGUUUUUUAUGUAAAUAAAAGUUUAUGGGGGUUGUGUUGAAAACUCAAAAAAUUAUUUGUGUUAAUUACUUAUACUUUUAUUGAAAUAUAUUUUAUAAUUACUAA